AUGCAACCUGAUUAUCUCUCGACCAUCUUCUUCCUCAUUUUCAUCUUCAAUACUCAAAAAUCUUCAUGUGCAGAUGAUUAUCGAUUCACAAACUGCAGUCUUCCUGUGUACUGUGGAAACCAAAGCAUAGAUAUCUACUACCCUUUCUGGGGCGUAAACCGUGCAGAUUACUGUGGUCUAUUGGGUUUCCAGAUGGAGUGCCAAGAUGGCAUUCUAAAGAUCAAGAUGUUGUCGAAUAUGUUUCGAAUUCUUGGCAUUAAUCAAACCACACAGACUCUGAAGGUCGCUAGGGAUGAUUUCUGGUAUAGCAUUUGUCCAACUAAUCUCUUCAACACCACCAUUGAUUUCACCCGCUUCAGUUAUGCCCCGGGACAAAGGAACCUCACCCUAUACUAUGGUUGUCCUAUUCGCCCUGACCCCUUCAUUGUCUCUUCUGACUGUGCUGUAAAUGGUACCAGCAUGAAUGUCUUGUAUGUGCCCCAGAGUUCUCCAGUUGACCCACUUAUAGGAAGUUGCUAUUGCAGUGUCAUUGUUCCAGUUCUUGAAACAACUGCUCAGGAACUUGACCAAGGUAGAAAUUUCGUCAACGAUACGUUAGAUGAAGGCUUCGAAGUGCAAUGGAUUUUAGGGAACGACCAGUGCAACACAUGUGUCAACUCUGGCGGGUUUGCGGAUACAACUCUACCGAGAGUCAAUUCGUUUGCUUUUGCCGUGAUCAGCCCAAUGCAAUUGAAUGUUUAUCUAGUCCAGGACCUCCAGGUUUGUCUCCUUUAUCAGCUCAAUUCGUUUGCUCCAGUUUUGAUAUUGAGCGCCCCUUUUCGCUGUGCAAACUUGGAGAAUCUCGAAUACCCUUUUUGGGGAGCGGGUAGGCCAGAGUUUUGUGGGCACCCAACUUAUGAGUUGAACUGCCUAGGCGAGGUUGCAGAGAUCACUAUCAUGGCAAAAAACUACGGAGUAAUCUACAGAGUGCUUGAAGUAAAUAACGUCUCUUGGACUGUCACAAUUGCUAUAGAAGAUUACUGGGAUAACAAUUGUUCCGGAAGCCCUGUCACCGGUACUAUAGAUCCCUGGUUCUUUAAUUAUACCUCCAAUACAGAAAAUGUAACGCUGUAUUAUGGUUGUCCUCCUCUUGGAAAUGACAUCUCGGUGCUGCUUCCCUUAAAGUUUAAUAGCAGCCCGGAAGAGACAGACACCAAUAAUUACUAUUUCAUAUGGGGCGACGAUGCUGCCAAUCAAGGAAGCACGGAAACGCACAGUGUAGUGCGUUCCCAAGUUUCCGAAACGGCCCGAAACCGGUACGAAACGUUUCGGGCCCGUUUCGGUUAUUUUGCAAAAAUACGAAACGCAUUUCUUGACAUAUCCCCAAGCAUAGGAAACGUCCCAAAGCAAUAUGUUUCUUCCUCAUUCCCAGUUUCAUUCAAUUUCCAGUAA